AAACGCUUCAAGAAGGCUGUUACUCUGGCUGUCGGGGAUGGUGCUAAUGAUGUGUCCAUGAUCAAAACUGCCCAUAUUGGUGUGGGAAUUUCUGGUCAAGAAGGCUUACAAGCAGUGUUAGCAGCAGAUUACUCAGUAGCCCAAUUCAGAUUUCUUGAGCGGCUCUUGCUGGUACAUGGACGGUGGUCAUACUACCGCAUGUGCAAGUUUCUCAGAUACUUCUUCUACAAGAAUUUUGCAUUUACGUUAUGUCACUUUUGGUUUGCCUUUUUUGUGGCAUUCUCAGCUCAGACUGUGUAUGACCCUUUCUUUAUAUCAACCUACAAUCUUUUCUAUACCUCACUUCCUGUCCUGUGUUUGGGCGUGAUGGACCAAGAUGUUGAUGAUUACUUUUGUCGUCGCUUUCCCAAACUCUACACACCUGGUCACCACAACCUUUUUUUUAAUAAGCGGGUUUUUUUGUGGAGUGCCUUGCAUGGCGCCGUAACGUCCUUCCUCAUAUUAUUCAUCCCUUUUGACACUGUUUGACCCCAUGUUUAUAUCGGUGUAUAACCUGUUCUACACAUCGAUGCCUGUCCUAGGCUUGGGCAUAUUUGAACAAGAUGUUAAUGAAAAGAACAGUAUCAAAUAUCCCAAGCUCUACACCCCAGGCCUCAAGAAUGCCCUAUUCAAUAAGAAAGAGUUCUUCAGGUCUGCUGUUCACGGAUUUGUCACUUCUUGUGUCCUCUUCUUCAUUCCAUUUGGUAAGUAUUGAUGGAAGUGUAGUGUCAUCAGUUUUGUAAGUUAGCAAAAAGUGAUACGCUUUUUAUUGCCCCAUCUGAUGGACAUUAUCCCUCUCUCUUGGAUGAAAUACUUAAGAACAUUGAAACCAC